UUGGGAAUCAGGAAGCUCCCUUCUUCUGAAACUGGGCGUGUAGUGUAGCGUUAACAGAGAAGCAAAUGACAUUUUACACAUUAGCGUUUCUAAAAAGUGUUUUUACAUUACAACCACUGACAAAUUAACAAAUACCCUCUCUGCCAGAAGAAAGACGGUGGGAAACGUCGCCCUGCAUGGUUAGUGUACCGUGCAGAAAUGGCUCUGGAGGAAGGGGCACGAUGCCGCCUACUGCUUGUCCGCCAUCAGCUGGAGCAAGACAUCAAGCCGUCCUACCUGAUGGAUCAUAUGAUUAGUGAUGGUGUCAUAACUGUAGAUGAAGAGGAGAGGAUCAGGACUUAUUCAACCAGGAGGGAUCAGGCUGCGGCUUUGCUGGAGCUGCUGCUGAGGAAGGACAACCGGGCCUACAUCUCUUUUUACAACGCGCUGGUCAAAGAGACAUAUGAAGACUUGGCCAGUCUGCUUCAACGUGAUCUACCGCGCAUUUCAACUAAAACACGUAACAGCACAUCUGAUGUACCUUCAUUGAACGUGCAAACAGUCCUAAGUGAAGGUGGAGUCCCACAGAGGCCUGUGGUGUUUGUCAGCCGAACAGAGCUGGUGAACCGGGUCAGAGACAAUCUCUACCGCCUGCUGAAAGAACCUGGCUGGAUCACCAUCUUUGGAAUGGCUGGCUCAGGCAAAUCUGUCCUGGCUGCCGAGGCUGUCAGAGACCAUGGCCUUAUUGAAGAUUGUUUUCCUGGAGGCGUCCACUGGUUGUCCAUUGGCCAGGUGGACAAACCAGACCUGCUGGUAAAGAUCCAAUCAUUGUGCUUCCGUCUGGAACAGAGCUUAGAUUCCCAGUCCCUCCAUCGGCCCCCAAACUCUCUGGAUGAGGCCAAGGAACGCCUUCGCUUCCUUAUGCUGCGCAAAUAUCCAAAAUCUCUGCUGAUACUCGAUGAUAUCUGGGACAGCGCAGUGCUGAAGGCGUUUGACAUUCACUGUCGGAUCCUUCUGACCACCAGAAAUAGAACCCUUACUGAUUCAGUCAGUGGUGCUAAAUAUGAGGUUGAAGUGGAAAGUGGUCUGGAUGAUAACAAAUCCCUGGAGAUUCUUGCUCUCUACACUAACACUAAGCUCCAGGGACUUCCUGAGGAGGCUCGCAGCAUUGUCAGAGAAUGUAAAGGAUCCCCUCUGGUGGUGUCCUUGAUUGGAGCGCUGCUCAGAGAGAAACCCAACCGUUGGCGUUACUAUCUCAUCCAGCUGCAGCAGAAGCAGUUUAAGCGGAUCAGAAAGUCGUCCUCCUACGAUUACGAUGCCCUGGACCAGGCUAUGGCUGCCAGCCUUGAGGUCCUACCUGAAGAACAUCAAGAGCUCUACAAGGACUUUACUGUAAUAGAAAAGGAUGUCAAAAUCCCUGCUAAGGUCCUGUCUGUCUUGUGGGACUUGGAGCCGGAAGAGGUGGAGGACAUUCUCGAGGAGUUUGUGAACAAGUCUCUGCUUUUUGUGGACAAUCACAGUAAAACCAACCUGUACUACCUCCACGACCUUCAGCUGGACUUCCUAGUGGAGCAGAACCGUACUGAGCUAGAGAGCCUCCAUGCUAAGGUGGUGCGUCAAUACCAGCAACACUACAGAGAUGGUCCUCCCACAUCAAGAGAUGAGGAAAGCCUCUACUGGUUCAGAUAUCUGACCUAUCACAUGGCCAAAGCUAAUCUCUCACAGGAGCUCUACUCCCUCAUGUUCUCUCUGGAUUGGGUCAGCAUCAAGGCAGAGAUCUUAGGUCCAGCCCACCUUAUCAACGACUAUGUGGAGUUUGCAACUAUUCUGGACAAAGAGAACAGUGACGUGCGCAGUCAGUUCCAGGACUUUCUGUCUAUGAAUGGCCACCAGCUGGAGCAGCGUCCUUUUCCUGACGUGGUGCAGCUUGCUCUCUCUCAGCCACAGACGUCUGAGGUCUACAGACAGGCCCUGCAGAAGGCACAGGGCCGCGCCAGCUCAGGAAAACUCUACUUUGACUGGUUGAAUAAGAGCAGCGUGGAGAGUCUUCCCCAUCUUGUGAUCCACCCCCAGCAGGGCUCCAUCAUCUACUCAGCCUGUUUCUCCCACGAUGGAACCAAGGUUGCCUCCUGUGGAACCAGCAAGAACAUCAAGGUGUUUAGAAGCACCUCAGGUGAGAAGCUCACUGAGAUCGCCGAUCAGGAUGAUGAGGUGCUCUGCUGCGCUUUCUCCCCUGACGACCGUCUCAUUGCAACCUGCUCCAGCGACAGGAAAGUAAAGGUGUGGAACGUGGAGCGAGCCAGGGUGAUGAGGGUGUUCCAGGAGGAGCACGAAGAGCAGGUCAACCACUGUCAGUUCACCAACACCACACGGCGCCUCCUGCUGGCCACCUGCUCCAAUGACAAGUGCUUGAAUGUCAAGUUGUGGAACCUUAACAAGCCGACCUCCCAGAAUACCAUCUUUGGCCACUUUGAGCCAGUCAACCACUGCUGUUUCUCCCCUGAUGACAAAUAUUUGUCUACUUCCUCCAACGAUGGCACUGUUAAGCUUUUUGAAGUGUCUACUGCAAACGAGUGGAAGACGAUCAACGUGAGGAGCAUGUUUGCAGAGGGCGACGAAGACGUCCUCGUGAAGUGCAGCACCUGGACUGCAGACAGUAAACGCGUGAUCUGUGCCGCCAGGAACGCUGUUUUGGUGUUUGACAUAGAGACGUCAGACAUGUUAAUGGAGAUCAACACCAGUCGUCUGAGCAUGGUGCAGUACUGCCACGCCUGUCCUACUAGUAACCUGCUGGCCAUCGCGUCCUCAAACUACGCUGUGGAGCUUUGGGACUUGGAGGCCAAUAAGAAGAAGGCAGACUGCAGUGGCCACCUGAGCUGGGUCCAGCGAGUCCAGUUCUCCCCUAACGGCUCCCAGCUGCUCUCCUGCUCCUACGACCAGACUGUCAGGUUAUGGGAGACUGAGAAGGUUCACACCUCCUCGGCCAUCUGCCUGAAGAGAGACUCCGACGUAGUCUUCAGCGAUAAAGAUAUCAUAGUUUCAGCUCCGGACAACUGCAACAGACUGCAGGUGCGCGAGGGCCUAAUGGGGUCCAUGCUGUUUCAGUCUGAAGAGAAACCAUCCAGGAUCCGGUGCACGUGUUUAUGCAGACAGCCUCCUGUGGUGGCCUUGGGCCGGGAGGAUGGCACUGUGCAGGCAGCAGGGCUAAGAGCCAGGAACGCACUGAGGAUGGUUGGCAACAGGAUCCAACGCCUCUUGGCCUCCAACACGAAGUCAGUGCUGGCUGUAGGGCUGUGCAGUGGCAGGGUGCAGGUGCUGGAGCUGCCGUCUGGGAAGCUCCUGGCCAGUCUGUUAGGACACACCAAGACGGUGGUGCACUGCCAGUUCAGCCAGAACGGCCAAAGGCUCAUCACCUCCUCAGAGGACACCACCUUAAGAGUGUGGUGGUGGCAGUCAGGGGAGUGUAAAGUACUUCAGGGUCAUAAGGAACAGGUGAAAUGCUUCUCUCUGCUCCCCAGCCCACCCACCAGCUCCAGACUCCUGUCCUGGUCCUUCGAUGGCACCGUGAAGGUGUGGGACAUGGAGAACGGGGAGAUGCUGCAGGACAUGGAGGCCCAUCAGGGAGCCGUCCUGGCCUGUCACGUCUCCCCAGAUGGACACUUCUUCGCCACCGCCUCUGCUGACAAGACUGCUAAGCUGUGGCUCUGUGAGUCUUGGCAGUUUGUCCAGGCGCUGAGUGGUCACCAAGGCUGCGUCCGAAGCUGCCGGUUUUCCUGGGACAGCCGGCGCCUCGCGACUGGAGACGACAAUGGAGAGAUCCGGAUUUGGAGCGUCGAGGGUGGAUCUUUGCUUAAGAUUUGUGCCCGCAAUGGUAAAGACGGCAUGGACUCACUCCACGGAGGAUGGGUGACCGACCUUCAGUUCUCCCCAGACGACUCCCUUCUGGUCUCAACUGGUGGCUACAUCAAGUGGUGGGACGUGGAGAAAGGAGAAGCCCUGCAGACCUUCUACCCAAAGGGAAGCGCGCUGAAGAAGAUCCACGUGUCGUCCGACUUCUCCACCUUCGUCACCAUCGACAACAUCGGCAUCCUGUACAUCCUCCAACGUGUGAUGUGAUGCCGCCAGAGCCGACGACCAGCAGGAUCGCGACACCGCAGUCCGAUGGAGCUGUGUGUCACGGGCUGUGUUUGACUAAGCUAAGAAAACUACGUGUAAUUUGCAAGAAGAGCCGCACUCACUGCUCAUUUUGCCUGCGUUUCCACUGCACUCCUUGUCCGUGUAGGCAGACAUUAGUCAACAGCAUUACAGUAAAGCCUUACAUAACCGCGAGUCUGUGGGGGCAGGAGUUUACCAGUUUGCACCAGCUUUAAAUAAAAUGUGCACCAGCGAUGUUGGUGCAUCAGGGCAGCAUGUUGAGUAAAUGAGAGUAAAUAAAACUAGGGUGCUCAAAGCUACAGAUGUGAGAGCCUUAGAUAAUAAUAAAAAAUAAUGUAAAUCCAUAUUGCAUUAGGGUGAAUAUUAUUGGAUGUGAUGUAAAAGCAUUUCCACCGUGCUGUAAUGAGCCUUGUGCGUGUCUGAGUCUUUUAUUGCUGUUUUGUGUUCGUAUGUUUGCUAAUGAAGAUUCAUUCGGUGCUUUUGGCUCGACGCUUGUCUGUUUACAAAGCCGCCGAGCCUUUUCCUUACACUGCAGCCUUAGCCUGACCGGCGAUGUAAGGCCUGUUUGUUUCCAGUCCACCAGCAUACACAGAAACUUCUGGUGCACUUUGAUGAACAUGAAAUAUUCAUAGGAUGAUUAAGUUUUAAUGUUAAAGCAUUUAAAAGUCUUUUGAAAGCCUGAGUCUCUAUGUACCUCUGAGCUAUUUGUACUUUUAAAUCCAGAUCAAAACGUAAAAAAGUAGAAUGAGGCUCAGACUAAAGUCUAAGUUUGUACUUUUUAUUAUGAGAUUCCUCCUUUAAAACUUUGCAUCCAUUUUUACACUGCAUUACUACUGAGCCUUUUCCAACCACUUUGGAGCAUUAAUACAAUCAAGAGUUUUGCCUUCCCGUGCAAUGGUAUAAGUAAAAUGUAUUUCUGUGUGCUAGGGAUGUAUUGAUACUGUUAUGUAGUGAGUGAGUGUAAUAUAUAAUGGAUUAAAAAACUUACACUAUG